CACAUCCGGCGAGUGCAGAAUUUGCCUCAAACGAAUCAACCGCACAUCCAACAACCCGAGACUUUCUGAUCAUAUAUUCUUCACUGUUGUCGUAAUUUUAUCGUUUUUAUAAACAAAAAGUUGGAGAUGCAGUGAUAUCUACAGCCUAAGAUUAAUAAUUCACGAGUUUAUCAUCAGCAAAACAGGCACUUUCAUCCACUUCACGGGAUGUCUUCAUCAAUAGACAUGCUUUGGAGGUAACCACAACACACUCCUCAUAGUUUCACCCUUGAGUGGACAUGGUCCAUUGGGCCACUCAUCUGGUGACAUGUGUCUGGAUACAGGCUUUAAUGUCCUCUGCAUUAGACACGUGUCCCCCAACAACCCCCACUGCUGUGGACUUUUCGGUACCGUACCCCAUGCCCUACUUCCAGACCCGAAAACCCAUCCAGAACAUAGUGACCAAUUCCCUCUUCCAAGAGGUGUACGUUGCCUCAGAGAACAUCAUUGAGGCGGUAAACGGCACUCUGGGUAAGCUGUGGGCUCUCCGUACGGGGCCUGUGGGAAGCCCAGAGUGCCAGAUAUGCAAUUUAUGUGAUAUUGAACGAGAUCCCUUACACGAGAACACAGACAGUGAGGUGUUGUUACUCGACACGUUUCUUAUGUACUUGUACUCAUGUGGAAGUUCUCAGUAUGGCGUUUGCUUCUUCCACCAACUCCGUGAGAAUGGACAGCUUCCAGGGCCCUCCAAGUGUUUAUUCAGGAGGGAGUUUAACUCCCCGGAUUUCUGCCCAGAUUGUAUCGCAAGUCCUCUGGGCACAAAGGUCUCCAUGGUAGAAGAAGGCCAAACGGUGUACUUCUUCGUCGCGGCGACAGUGAAUGACAGCGUGACUCAGAGAUACGGUCGCAUGUCCAUUUCUGUACGUCGCCCGUUGGCGACCGAGGACGGUUUCUACACCGAUGUCAGAGGGUUGACGGUGUUGCCCGGUCUAAGGCAGACGUACAACAUUGCCUACGUCUACAGCUUCUACACACAAGACUUUGUUUAUUUUCUCUCCGUACAACGUGAAAAAACCGACCUGGAGUUUUCGCCCUACCAAACGAGACUGGGCCGCCUCCCACGGCACGAAUGGGAGAUGCGUCGAUACCGGGAGAUCGUUUUAGAGUGUCGCUUUGAACCCAAACGCAGGAAGAGAAGCAACGACAGCAAGCCUUUUAAAGACGUGGUCUACAACGUGGUCCAAGCUGCCCACUUCGGCAAGGCCGGGCGAGAGCUGUCUGAUGAGUUGGGUGCUGAGGAAGAGGAUGAUAUUCUGUAUGGUGUGUUUGCCGUGACCGAUGACUCCGGAGUUCCAGAACACGAUUCGGCACUUUGUGCUUUUCCGAUGGAUAGCGUGAACACGGCGAUAGAUGAUGGAGUGGAGGAUUGUUGUAAGUCUGGGCCGGAGCAGCUUUCCAGAGGUCUCUGCCACUUUCAGCCGUGUGAAAGCUGUCCUCACGAGAGUAUGGAGCACAAUCUGACCUGCAGGGAUCAGCCCACCCUUGUUUCUCAACCGUACUACAGAGUCGAUCUCUUCAACAGAGAGAUGAUAGGCAUUCUGCUCACCUCACUGCUGGUCACCAGCAUCGAGAACAAGACUGUGGCUCAUAUCGGCACAUCAGAUGGGAGAUUACUGCAGCUUGUCUUGAGAAGGACCAGCCCCGUCAUCUUUGCCAAUUACACUCUUGUGGAGAACCAGAAGGUGUCAUCCACCGCAGCGGUUCUCUCUCCUGAACAUCUGCUGUUUGUAGUUGGAGAUAAGAUGAUUCAGGUCCCUCAGAGAGGACCAGGCUGUCGUCACUUCCUGACGUGUGCCAUGUGUCUGACUGCGCCAAAGUUCAUGGGGUGCGGCUGGUGUGGCGAUCAGUGUACUUGGGUGUCUGAGUGCCAGACACACUGGGGAAAUGACUCAUGUCCACCAGGCAUCACAGAGUUUUUCCCUAAGACAGCGCCCCCUGAUGGUCAGAGUGAGCUGACUUUGUGCGGGUGGGAGUUUCAGUCACCCAUGAGACCUGUCAUCACAACCAGAACCCAUGAUGUAAAACUGGGCGAGACGGCAUGUGCGGUCCAGUCUCACAAGAGCAACAGCACCCACUUAGUUUGUAAGAUCCGUUCUGGGGUGUCAGAGAUGCUUUUUAAACCCCUGAACGUCACAGCGAGAGUGCAUGAAGGUCGAGUGGAAGGGCGGUACUCUAUUGAAGGAAGCGCAGAGAUGCCUGGAUUCACCUUUGUGGUUCCGAACAUCACCGAGGUUCAGCCUGACUAUGGGCCUGUGAAUGGAGGAACCCUCAUCACCAUCACAGGACCUUACCUGGCAUCUGGAAAGAACAGGAAAGUUACUCUCGAUGGGGAAACAUGUCCAAUCCAAAGUGUAUCUGUGAUCAGAGGUAAUCUGUCCUCCAUCGUGUGCCUUUCUCGACCUGUAAGGGAGGUAAAAGAUGUGGUGCUCCGCAUCUACAUCGAUAAGUCUCGUGUCAUGACCACUAAAGUCUUCCGAUACAAGAAGACGCCUGAGAUUCUCUCGGUUCUGCCUGACUGCAGCUUUGACAGUGGGUCUAGAAUCAUCAUUAAAGGCCAAAAUCUGGACUCGGUCUACAGAACUGUCAUUCAUUUUAAACCCAAAGAAUCUCACCUCAAACCUGUUUCAACUGAGUGCAGAGGUAAAGCCAUGCCCACACGUAUGGAAUGUAUCACCCCCGUUUUCCAUCGUGACGAGACCGAGGAGGGGGAGCUGUUAUUUGACAUGGACGGGGUGCUCGGUCUGUGGAAACAAGACUUCUCCUACCACCCAUACGGCCGGCCAAUCCCGUUUGAGACGGAGGGUCACAUUCUGAAACUGUACCCUGGCUUUGAUGAAGUGUCCUUACAUCAUCAGAAACUGAACCUGGUGAGUUCCUGCAUGUCCAUCACCAUGACGGUUGGAGAUGUUGACUGUGGUGCUAAAGUUCUGGACAAUGAGAUCACCUGCAGGAUCCCUAAUAACCUCACCAUCCCAAGUGAGGGCUUACCUGUGAAGGUGACAGUUAAUGGAUUCACCCACAAUGUUGGCACUGUGAUUUUGGUCAGUAAUCACUACAUGGUUGGUAUUGUGCUUGGCAUACUGGCAGCUCUGGUGACUGGUGCAGUGCUGGCUUUUAUUGUUCUGAAACAUCUGAGGAAGCAGAAGAAAGCUCCCCUGGCAGAGAAUCGUCUGUCUUAUUUUGCGCACAGUCGCUCGCGUGAUAAUAGCAUGGAUUUGUGUCCUUUGGGAGACUACAGACGCGAACUUCCUCUAACAACCAUCACUGCACUCAGCGGGGCCGUGGCGUUUCCCGGCCUGGCUUACACAGGCACGCUGGACACGACCUUGACCCCUCUCAUGCCCCCGGAGAAGAUCUGCAUCACCAGCUUCCGUCCCAAGCUCCUGGAGGAGGUGAAGGAUGUGCUGAUCCCAGCCUCCAUGCUUAAGGUCCAUCACCACCAAAUCAUUGGAAAGGGCCACUUUGGCACAGUUUAUCAUGGUUACUUCACUGACCACAACAACAGAGAAAUCCACUGUGCUGUCAAGUCUCUUAACAGAAUAACAGAUGUGGAAGAGGUCGAGCAGUUUUUGAAAGAGGGGAUUCUGAUGAAGGGUUUUCAUCACAGUAAUGUUCUCUCUCUGUUGGGUAUCCUGCUUCCUGAGGAGGGUCUCCCCCUGGUGGUCUUACCCUACAUGAAACACGGAGACCUGCGGCAUUUUAUUCGCUGUGAGAAUAGGAAUCCUACAGUAAAGGAUUUAAUAGGCUUCGGACUCCAGGUUGCUAAAGGAAUGGAGUACCUGGCACAAAAGAAGUUUGUACACAGAGAUCUGGCAGCACGCAACUGCAUGCUUGAUGAAUCGUACACCGUGAAAGUGGCAGAUUUCGGUAUGGCACGAGAUGUGCUCGAGAAGGAGUACUAUAGCGUCCAGGAUCACAGGAAAGCUAAAUUGCCCGUCAAAUGGAUGGCCAUUGAGAGCCUGCAAACGCAGAAGUUCACCUCCAAGUCAGAUGUGUGGUCAUUUGGGGUUCUGAUGUGGGAGAUGCUCACAAGAGGGGCCAGCCCUUAUCCUGAAGUUGACCCUUAUGAUGUCACGCAUUAUCUCUUAAAGGGACGACGGCUGCCUCAGCCACAAUAUUGUCCAGAUUCCUUGUACACCAUUAUGUUACAGUGUUGGGACCCAGACCCUGAGAAGAGACCCACCUUCUCCACACUAGUGUCAGCUGUGAUGAAUAUUCUGUCAAGCUUGGAGGGUGAACACUAUAUAAGUCUGAAGGUAACGUAUGUUAACCUGGACCAGCCACGUCCCUACCCCGCCCUAACAGACUCUGCUGAUGAAUAUGAUUCGUCAGGCGCCGAUGAUGCAGGCUCAGUCUCUAGCUGAUUAGCAACAUUAUUUUAUCUGAUCUCUUUAUUUACUACUUGACUUGGUUAAUGCCCAAAACGGCAUUUCUAAUGUGGUAACUGGACAUUAAUAGACAUCAUGUGACAAUAAUGCUUUACUUUACAGUUAUCAUGGCUAAAGAAUUGUGGCUCUUUAGACAAAACUUUAAACAGGUGCUGGAUUAUUUACGAUAUUAUCAUAUGUGUAGGUGUUUUAAUAUCACAGUUAUUGCCAAUACCGUAAUAUUGUGACCGCCCUAUUUCCUCCUAUUGUUUAAAAUGCAUAUACAUUUUCCACAUACUAUAUUUGGUUUUGAGUUAUCUCAUUUUGGAACCAAACUCUUCAUUUAUAGGAGGUAGUAUAUACAGUAUAGUACGCCACACUAUGUACUUGCUGUGCACUUAUUCAUUCUGUUUUUUUCCAUUUUUCAUUCCAAAUAUUAUUCGUCAGAAUGUCACACAACCCGUGUGGACACUAUCAGAGUAUAUAGAUCAAAAAAGAUGUUGUAUAAAAGACAUUAGAUAAAUGUUAUUAAUCUGGCCAAACACAGCUGGUGAAACCCAAAUACUGUUUCAUCUCUUAAUAUCUCUUCAUAGCCGGGCUCUUAGUCACUGUCUGGUGUUGUACUUGUAAUAUUUUCUACUGCUUUUAGUGAAGUUUUUGAAGUUUUGACUCCGUUAAGUAAAAAAAAAAGAGACAUAUGUAUUACUGAAAUGAAGGUAACAGUAUUUAUGCAUUUAUUUAAAGCACUGUCUGUUUUAGGAUAUACUUGAGUAGUAGAGGAUUUAUAUAUAAUUUAUGAAACAAUUCUUUUUUUUUAAUACAAUUUUCUGUAAUUAUAUAAAUCUUGUUCUGCACCGCUGCUUUGUGAAGGUACAUCGUAAUCAUUGACCCUUUACUUGGUAUAUGGUUUGUUAUUACAUGAGUUGUUUGUACAGACAAAGAAAUGUUAAAGAUUGAAUUCACAAAGUCAAAGAUUAGUAAUAUUUUAGAAGGUGUUGAACUGAAUGUAUCAUUGACAGGUUAUUGUGAUUCAAUAAUGGGAACUGUAGAAAUGACUGUUUGUGACGCACAUCACUGAAUAAAA